AACUUUACAACUGCUAACCUUAUCUAUUGGAUUUGUGGUUGCUGAAGUUUUUGUCGUGUAAUGGCUGAAGAGCUAAUUCUGCUUUCUUCUGAGUAUAGUCUUUUUGCAGAAAGGGUGAAGAUAGCUUUUGCAGAGAAAGGCAUCACAAAUUACCAAGUCAGAAAUGAAGACUUGAGCAAUAAGAGCCCUCUUCUUCUCCAAAUGAACCCAGUUCAUAAGCUAGUCCCUGUCUUGAUCCAUAAUGGGAAACCCAUUUGCGAGUCUAUGAUCAUUGUCCAAUAUAUUGAUGAUUUCUGGAACCAUAAGUCUCCAUUGUUGCCUUCUGAUCCUUACCAACGAGCUCAUGCCAGAUUCUGGGCUGAUUACAUUGAUAAGAAGAUUUACCCAAUUGGGAGAAUGCUGUGGAGGUCUAAAGGAGAGAUCAUGGAAGCAUCAAGGAAAGAUCUGAUCCAGAGCUUGAAAACAUUGAACAGUGAGCUUGGUGAAAAGGCAUAUUUUAAUGGGGAGAGUUUUGGUUAUAUAGAUUUGGCGUUGAUUCCAUUCUACAACGUAUUCUACACAUUUGAGAGCCUGGGAAACUUCAGCAUGGAAGUGGAAUGCCCUCAGCUAGUGGAGUGGGCUAAGAGAUGCUCGCAAAAGGAGACUGUGUCCAAGUCUAUAUGGGAUAAGCGCAAGUUUUAUGAAAUGAGUUUGCGGUUCAAAGCCAAGUUGAGCCUCGAAUAAAUUACAUCGUUGUUGAGUGGCUUUGGAGUUCAAUCAAAUUACAGUUGAAAUCCAAUUGCUCAACUUGUUCUUUGGUUUAUUUUAGCAAGCUAGUUUUAUUGUAUUGUGCUUGUGCAGCUUUUUCUGGUGUUUAUAAACUAUUAAAACUGAUAACCCUGAAAACAAUCCUAGGAUCAUUAGCGAUACUAUUGCUCUUAUAGUAUGACUAGCAAAUUGAUGAUUUAGUUAUUGAAAUUUAGCUUUUCUCCUUUUUCUUUUAA